AUGCCUGUCAAUUCUCCCAGAACAGAGAGCGAACAAGUCGACCCGAUCAGUGCGCCUCUGAACGUCGGUCCUUCAACUCAAAAGACUCUCAAACCCAUAACUGAGAAAAAAUUAGCCAAGUUUCAAGAAGAACAGAAAAAGACUGGGGUCGUAUAUUUAUCUCGAAUACCGCCUUUCAUGAAACCUCAAAAAGUGCGUUACCUGUUACAAGCAUACGGAGAAAUAGGAAGGAUAUACCUGGCACCUGAAGAUCAAAGGAUUCGACAAAGACGAAAAAAGUUUGGCGGAAAUGGAAAGAAAAAUUACACUGAAGGUUGGGUAGAGUUUUUGGACAAGAAUGUUGCGAAAGUUGUAGCGAAUACGUUGAAUGCUAAACCAAUUGACUACUUGGCUAAAGGCGGGAAGAAACGUUUUUAUUAUCACGAUGACUUGUGGAAUAUCAAAUAUUUACCAGGAUUUAAAUGGGAUCAUUUGACAGGGCAGCUAGGUAGAUUUCAAAUUUUGAUACUUGUCAGUUUCAUGGGAAUUGAUACGUAG